CGGCAAAUCUUCUUUGGCGGCCAUGUUUGCUGAAAAUUCCUCCUUGGAUUUUUACUUCCGACGGACCCUCCCCUUCCUCCAUUGCUAUUCCUUGACAGCAACAACUCAACGUGACAAUGGCAGACGUUGAUGAUGGUACCAAGAAGAAGAGGGCCUUCAGGAAGUACACCUACAGAGGUGUCGACCUUGACCAGCUCCUGGACAUGCCAGCUGAGCAGCUUAUGGAGUUGAUGCACUGCCGUGCCAGAAGAAGGUUCAGCCGAGGUCUGAAGCGCAAGCCCAUGGCCCUUGUGAAGAAAUUGAGGAAGGCCAAGAAGGAAGCCCCUCCAAAUGAGAAGCCAGAGGUUGUCAAAACUCACCUCCGCAACAUGAUUGUUUUCCCCGAAAUGGUCGGAAGUAUUGUUGGCGUAUACAACGGCAAAACUUUCAACCAGGUUGAGAUCAAGCCUGAGAUGAUUGGACACUACCUGGGAGAAUUCAGUGUCACCUAUAAGCCAGUCAAGCACGGCAGACCAGGUAUCGGCGCGACCCACAGUUCUCGUUUUAUUCCCCUUAAGUAAAAUAAACUUCCUUAUUUGGUCAA